GUGUUAAAAUGCUUGAGAGGGAUAUUUGAGCUUGCAACUGGCAACCUGACGUUUUAACGUGACGUAAGUGUUUGCUGUGUUACAUGCGCCAGCUGAGCAGAGACAUUUCUGCUGUUUGCCAUAGUCCAUAAAUAUGGAGGCCCCAGAAUCCCAAGUGCUGUCCGAUCCAGAGCAGGAUCCAGAACCGCUCCUCAUCCUCAGCUCUCUGGACAUCUUCGUCUUCUCACUCUUCUCUGGGGUGCUUAUCUACUGGUUCUUCUUCCGAAAUAGACCAGAGACCGCUCCAGAGAUAAAGACUUUACAAGCCACCCCUACAGUAGCUCAACCCGUUCGUGAGACCAGCUUUAUUGAGAAAAUGAAGAAAACUAAUCGAAACAUUGUGGUGUUUUACGGGUCCCAAACCGGGACGGCUGAGGAGUUUGCUAACAGACUGGCAAAAGAUGCCCAGCGCUACGGUAUGAAAGGCAUGGCUGCUGAUCCUGAGGAGUAUGAUAUGUCCGAGCUGUCUAGACUGAAGGAAAUGUCAAAUUCCUUGGCUGUGUUCUGCAUGGCAACCUAUGGAGAGGGAGACCCCACCGACAACGCCCAGGAGUUUUAUGAUUGGAUGCAGGGUGCUGAUGAUGACAUGGAGGGAGUCAAUUUUGCCGUUUUUGGUUUAGGAAAUAAAACCUAUGAGCACUUCAACGCCAUGGGAAAGUACACAGACAAGAGACUUGCUGAAUUAGGAGCGACACGUGUGUUUGACCUCGGGCUCGGAGAUGAUGACACUAACUUGGAAGAGGAUUUUAUCUCCUGGAAGGAACAGUUUUGGCCGGCAGUCUGUGAAUUCUUCGGAGUGGAAGCCACAGGAGAAGAAACCAGCAUUCGGCAGUUUGAACUGGUGGUCCAUAAUGACGUCAAUAUGAAUCAAGUGUACACAGGAGAGGUGGGACGUCUCAGAAGCUUUCAGACGCAGAAACCGCCUUUCGAUUCAAAGAACCCUUUCCUCGCUCCUGUUUCUGUAAAUCGUAAGCUGAACAAGGGAGGAAACCGUCACCUAAUGCACUUAGAAUUGGAUAUUUCUGAAUCUAAAGUCAGAUAUGAUGCUGGAGAUCAUGUUGCCGUCUACCCCACAAAUGACACAACUGUGGUCAGCAGACUAGGAGAAAGACUUGGUGUAGAUCUGGAUAUCAUCAUGUCUCUCAAAAAUCUGGAUGAGGAAUCUAAUAAAAUACAUCCAUUCCCUUGUCCCACCUCAUACCGCACGGCUUUAACCCAUUACCUGGACAUCAACAACCCACCCCGUACAAACGUGCUGUACGAGUUAGCACAAUACGCCUCUGAUCCAAAAGAACAAGAAAGUAUGCGCAAGAUGGCCUCUGCAUCUCCAGAAGGAAAGGCUCUCUACCAGAGUUGGGUUGUUGAUUCAGAGAGGAACAUACUGUCCAUUCUUGAAGAUCUACCAUCUCUACAACCACCUAUAGACCAUCUGUGUGAACUUCUGCCUCGACUACAAGCUCGAUACUAUUCCAUCGCGUCCUCUAGCAAGGUGCAUUCGACCUCCAUUCACAUCUGUGCUGUGGUCGUGGAGUAUACAACUAAAACGGGAAGGGUCUUCAAAGGUGUGGCCACCAACUGGCUGAAAAACAAAAUUGUAACCGAUAACGGCCACACGCCUACAGUUCCCAUGUAUGUAAGACGAUCCCAGUUUCGCCUGCCUUUCAAACCAAGUAAUCCUGUUGUCAUGAUCGGACCUGGAACCGGCAUUGCCCCUUUCAUGGGCUUCAUCCAGGAGAGAGCAUGGCUGAAGGAACAAGGCAAGGAUGUCGGUGAGACAAUACUUUACUUUGGCUGUCGCCAUAGGAACGAAGACUUCCUGUACCAGCAGGAACUAGAGGAUUUUGAGAGGGCGGGUGUACUGACACAGCUUAAUGUUGCGUUUUCCAGAGACCAGGACCAUAAAGUUUAUGUGCAACAUCUUCUGAAGAAAAACAAGGAGCACUUGUGGAAGCUUGUUCAUUCACAUAACGCCCAUAUUUACGUUUGCGGAGAUGCACGUAACAUGGCCCGGGACGUCCAUGCCGCCUUCCAUGAGAUCGCACAGGAGGCGGGCGGACUGACACACGCUCAGGCUGUGGAUUAUUUCAAGAAGCUCAUGACCAAGGGCCGUUACUCACAAGAUGUUUGGAGCUAAACCAACUGAUGAACUCAACAGUUUACCUCAGAUGUUUUAUUUUUUUAAAGAAUAGGUAUCAUUUUCCCAUGUUUGCAUUUACGUGGGAUGUGUUGCAGUCAGUGCCUCUGAUGUAAUGAAGCCUUGAUGAAGUGUGAUACAGUACAGGUCAGUAGAUCUGAUGAAACAUAAGGCACAUGACACAAAGAGAGCUUAGUUUUUUCUUUCUUUGUGCUUUUUCUGAAAUUUAUAUGAUAGAAACUGAGGACUGAUUUGACUAAGCUUGAAUUGAGGCCUUACAGAUUCAUAUUAUUCUUGACUUGGUUUUAUCCGUGGUAAAAGACUGCAAACAUCACUUACUGAGACUUUGCUAUAUUCUUAAAGGGACACUCUAGAGUUAAACAUUUGAUUUUUACCGUUUUGGAAUCCAUUCAGGAGAUCCCUGGGUCUGGCGGUACC